CUAUCUAAUAAUCUUUUGUAUUUCGAUUAUAAGUAAUGUCUAACGAAUAUUUCGUUAAAGUUCAAAAGUGAAUUAUUAGUUAAAUAUAAAUGUAAAAGUAUUAAUAGUACCGAUAAUAGUUUCCAAAAAGUUUUUACUGUUUUAAAUUUUUAAAUACUCACAUAUUACUAGUACAAUGGGUAAAGAUCGUAAGAAACAUAAAAAACAUAAGCAUUCUAAACAUAAUAAUAAAUCAAAAAAUGUUAAUUAUCCAACUCCAAUUGUUCCCAUAAAAAAAUGCCCUCAACGAAUUGAAACGUCACUUGAGGUCCAAGAAAAUACUUCAAUUGGCCCUGUUAUGCCAUCUACUACAUCAAAUACAAUUAAGAAUGAAUCGAGCUCUAGAAUUACUGAAGAAAAUUUGAAUGAAUAUGGUCCUAGCUUACCACCGCAUUUAGUACAACAAAAUAAAAUAAUUCCUGGACCAUCAUUACCUCCAGGUUUUCUUGUAAAUGAAAGAGUUGAAGAAGCGGAAGAGGAUGUUUCAAACAUUGGUCCAUUACCAGAUGAUUUAAUUUCUUCAGAUUCUGAACAAAUGUUUAUUCAAACUCAGUUAGAAUUAAGAGCUAAUUAUAUGAAAAAAAAAUUUGCAGGAGAGAUACAUGAAGAAAAUACAGUCUCAGCCAGGGAGAAAUGGAUGUUAGAGUUACCACCAGAAAAAGCUACAAAUAUUGGACUAGGUCCCAGACAAUUUCGUAAACGAGAAGGUCCUGAUAUGAGGAAUCGAUCAGAAUGGACUGAUACUCCUCUUGAUAAAAUGAAAAAAAAAGAUAAUCCUACAAUAGAUGAAACUACUAAUACAAUAGCUUUAAGACAAAUUGCUAUAAAAAAACGUAAUAUGCAAAUGGAAAAAAUGGCAGAAACUUCAGAGAAGCGGAAACCUUAUUCUUUAGUUGAAAUACACCAAGAAAAACUCAAAAAAGAAAAAAAAAAAAAAAGUGAAAAGAAGUCACCUCAAGAAAGGAGACCAUUUAGUAGAGAUAUUGAUUUACAGUCCAAUCGAUUUGAUAAUGCUCAAAAACAGUCAAUACUGAAAAAAGCAAGUCAGUUAAAUAAUAGAUUCUCACAAGGAGAAUCAAAAUUUCUUUAACACGUUAUUAAACAAAUAAAUAAUUUAAUGAAGUCUAUUUUAGAACAUGUGUUUUUCUAUUUUUAAAUAAAUAUUUUAUAUAAUCAUUUUAUUUCAAGACUAUAUAACUUCUAUUCAAUAAAAAAAAAAGUUUUGACUUUU